UCUAGUUUUCAUUCAUAUAUCAUAGCUGGUCUGUUGUCUUCUUUCUCUGGGGGUUGUAGAACAAACAGAGAUUGUAGAAAAUGCAAUCAUCAAUUGCGUUCUUUCCUCAUAUGUACGUAUAUGGAGGAGUUGUCAGAGUGCAAUCACACUCACACACUAACUUUGUUCCAACAACAAACUCUGUUCCAAAAACCAUUACCCCCAAACCCAACCACUUUACUUCAACUCAAAUCAAAUCAACUUAUAGGAUCACACUCAGAUGCAAUUCUCAACCUCAACCACUGCCAAACCUUUUUGCAUCAAAAUCACCAAGAGUCUCCGGUUCCAAUGUUGCUCCACUUCGGUGCGGCAUUUCUUCGAACGAGUACAGCGCAAAUGAAGGUAGGAGUGUUGGGGAAUGGCUUGUGCUGGCCGGUGAGGUCCUUUCGACGGGAUUUCCAUUGUGGGUCACAAUUGCGUCUGUUUUGGGGUUGAUGAAACCAAGUUACUUCAAUUGGGUCACUCCCAAGUUGAGCAUCAUGGGUCUCAACAUCAUCAUGCUGGGUAUGGGUAUGACUCUCACUCUUGAUGAUCUUCGUGGGGUUCUUGCUAUGCCUAAGGAAGUCCUCUCUGGUUUUCUCAUCCAGUAUUCGGUGAUGCCACUAUCUGGAUUUCUUAUAAGCAAACUCCUAAAUCUUCCAUCACAUUCUGCAGCAGGUUUAAUAUUACUCGGGUGCUGUCCAGGAGGCACAGCUAGUAACAUUAUAACUUAUCUUGCACGUGCAAAUGUGGCGCUUUCUGUGAUAAUGACAACUGCAAGCACCAUAUCUGCCAUGAUAAUGACUCCUUUACUGACAGCAAAACUUGCUGGUAAAUAUGUAGCAGUGGACGCACCAGGCUUAUUGAUUUCAACAUUGCAAGUUGUGCUUGUUCCUGUGUUGGCUGGUGCAUUUCUGAACCAGUUUUUCCAACCUAUUGUUAAAUUUGUGUCUCCAUUGAUGCCACCCAUAGCUGUAAUAACUGUGGCAAUUUUGUGUGGAAAUGCUAUUGGCCAGAGUUCUUCAGCAAUCCUUGCAUCUGGUGGACAAGUGAUUUUAGCCACCUUCCUUCUUCAGGCUUCUGGGUUUUUCUUUGGUUACCUAUUUGCAAGAUUGCUUAGGUUAGAUGUGUCAUCGUCACGAACCAUAUCCUCCCAGGUUGGCAUGAAGAACUGUGUUCUCCAGAUUGUUCUGGCUACGAAGCACUUUGGAGAUCCCCUAAGUGCAGUACCUGGUGCUCUUGCAAUUGUGAAUCAGUCAAUCAUUGGUAGUAUCCUUGCAGGAAUUUGGAGACGCAUUGUGCCUGUUUAAAUGAAGGAGUGAAAAUAUCUACUUGUAUGAGCCUUUGCUAAUAACUAGAAAUUGUACCCUGAUAUUUUGUUCUUAUUUUUUUAUCUACAAUUUACUAACAAUUAUAAUAAUAAAUGAAACUGGUUGCUAUUAUUUACAUCAUCAGA